AUGGACACCUUAUACUUCUAUGUUAACAAAAAAGGCAUGUACGAAUUAUGGGGAAAUAUUUACGACAAAAGGAGAUAUAAAUACAUAGACAUGAUAGAGACAUUGUGGCAGAAAUGCGUUCACCUAACAGAGAAGAAGCAAAUCCCAAAGAAAUUUUUAUUUAAAGUUUGGUGGAAGGCUUACUCCGAUUUCGUAGCAGAGCUGCAAAAUUAUGACUGCCUAAAUCUCAGAAGUUUUUACGAGCUAUAUGACAAAAACCACUGCCCCAGAUAUAACUACAUGGAAUUCAUCAUGGAGAAUAAAAAAUCCUGGAAGGAAUUCACCACAAGGAUGAAAAAUGAGUGGACGAAUAUAUUGCUCUCCGAGUUAAGGGGCUAUUCCAAGUAA